AUGGCACGAACGAUCGGGCCGCCGCCCCCAUCCCUACUGUCCCUGCCAUCCCUCCGUUCUCCACCCCUAUGGCAAUCAGCAGCCCCAGUACUGGCCCGGCCCAGCCUCAGUCCCAGCCCGACCCCUCCAGGCCCCCGGCCCUGGCCAGCUCCCCGGGUUCGGUGUCGUAUCCGCCGGCAAGCCCCCAGCCCGAGCCGCAGAAAUGCGCCCCCGGGGCUGAGCAGUCCAACUGGGGGGAUAGGAAAGAAGCUCGGACGCCGGGCCGCGGCUACUGGCCGGCUUUGUGUGCCGGUGGGUCCGCCUAGCCAGCGGGUUGUGUACCUAGGGCGGUGGUGGCCGGGGCAGCAGCUGGUCAGCCCGGGGAUGCCCGCAGUGAGGCCCGAAGGCAGGCGGGCGGUGGGCCGGGGGGCGACCAGGCUGCCUGGGCUCCUCCCUCCUUGUCCCCGCACCGUCUCCCUGGCUCCGGGAGAGCGAGAGCAAGCAGCAGCGGCCGGCCCCACCUCCCCGGGCAGGCUCCGGGCAGCGCAGCGCGGCACAGCCCGGGCUGCGGGCGGAGCUUCCCGGGGCCGGCUCGGGAGGGGUCUCGGGGCUGGCCCUGGGGAGGGGUCCCCUAGAAGCCCCGGUCCCCCGACCUACCGCCUGCUCCAGGCCGAGCAGCAAAAAGCAAACUUUUCCUCCCUCCCGACCCCCGGCAAAGGGCUGGCGGCCGUGGGGGGGGUGGCGGGGGUCUCGGGGUCUGUCCUGCAGGGAAGGAGCCCCGGGCAGCGGCCGCGGCCCACCCCCUCCUCCGCGGCCGCUCCUCCCACUGCGCUGGCUUGGGAGUUAGGUCACCGCGGCAGCCCCCCGAGCGCCGCCAUCCCCGGCGCUGCCCCGAGUCCGGGCCGGGGGCUGCAGCCUCCACCCGCAAAGCCCCCGGGAGCCAAGCCGGUGACAAAGCAGCCCGCCGCCGGGCCGGCCGAAUGGCCUCCUCCCCGCCCCCCGCCCGGGCACACGCGAGACCGCGCCGGGCCCGGCCCCCGACCCGGGGAAGCGCGCCCCGCCGGCCGGCCGGCCAGCUGGCCCGGGGCUCCCCGUCCUCCGCCCUGGGCCGCCGCCGCAGUCCCCCGCACGGGCCCUCCCCUUCCACGCCCCACGCGGGGAGGCGAGGCAGGACAGCCGGGCCAGCGCAGCUGCGGGGCUCCGCCGCGGGCGCAGCCGGCUUCCUUGCCCGAGCAAGCCGGGGCCCCUUUGAGCCGCCCUUCGCCCAGCUCUCCCCCACGCAGCCGCGCGGCCCGCGGUCGUUCCGAAACAGCCCGAGGCUCGUCCCCGCAAGGGGAACGCCGAGACCGGAGCCCAGAGCCUGGCACGUUCGGAGCCCGCUCUGGCCGACCCGCCGUCCCGCGUGCCGGCCCCCGCCCUGGCCCUACCUUCCUCGGGCGGGCACCGAGGUGGGUGUGCGUGCGGGCACAUCCGGCCCGAGCCCAACUUGCAGGGAGCCACGCGGGGAAGCAGGCGCAGGCGGAGCGGAGGGAGCCCGGAGCCCACCCCUACCGCCGCCUGCCCCGCUCGCAGCCUCCCGCCAGCCUGCCCGCCCGCCGCAGCCCCAGCCCAACACCGCCGCGGAAAAGUUCGCCUGUGGGCAGCCAGGCAGGCGGGCACUUACAGCCACGAUCCUCCGGGCUCGCCGCGAAGGGGCCGGCCAUGCUCACAUUCCGCGCCGCCGCCGCCUCGGGCCGCCCCCUCCCAGCCUGUGCCGCCAGCAGCAGCCGCUCGGGCUCCCGUGCCUGCUCGCCGCCGCUGCCCAGCAUGAAUGGAGGGGAAGGAAUGCAGCGCGGGGCUCCGAGGGAACCAGAGCCUCGCUCUGACUUCCCGGGGAGCGCGCUCCCUCCCCCCUCCCCGCACGCACGCUCACACACUCACACAUACACACACACUCAGCCCAGCCCCCGCCCGCCGAGGGGGAGGAGCCGCCACGCCGCCUUGGGCCUCUAG